AUCCAAUCAUGUGGUCAGUAAAAGGAUUCUUUGGUUUCUAUGAGUUCGUCGACGAAGGUUUAAUUGGUCCACCGGUGAGGGAGGAAAAAUCCUGUGGUGGUGAUGAAAAAGGUUUCGGUGGGAUAAUCAGUUCACCCAACUAUCCAAAUUCAUUUCCUAAAUCAAUUGAUUGUAUGUGGUUAAUUAGAGUACAACAAAAUCAACACAUUUACCUUAGGAUAAUGCAAUUACAAUUGUUUGGGUCCAUAGCUAAUUGUAAGGAAGCUCAUCUAGCAAUUUAUGAUGGAUAUGAAAACUAUGACUAUGAACACCAUGAGCCUAAAAAAUACUGCGGUGACCUAAAGUAUUAUAAAAGUUUGGACGAUAAAGUUCAACUGAGUGCUAAUAACCGUUUACUAAUUAGAUUCAAAAGUGAGAUUACUGCUCCUCAAUGGGAAGAGCAAGUUGCAACCCAAGAGAUAACUGGAUUUAAAUUAAUUUGGACUGCAGUUACAUUCAAACCCAAAGCUGAUUGUCAACAUUUCCUAUGUUCCAAAUCUGAAUUUUGCUUAACACCUCAGAGUGGGUCAACCUGUAAACGUAAGGAAUACUUUUGUAUUGAUAAAUCAUUGAAAUGUGAUGGGAUUCCCAAUUGUAGUGAACAAGAUUCAUCCGAUGAAGACCAAUGUAACGUUUCCAACCGUUUAUACACAAUUGUUACAAUUCUGGGACUGAUUAGUGUUUCCUGUGGAUUGAUUUGUUUCCUAUGUCAUUGUCGUCGUCGUCGUCGUCGUCGGUCAAAUCUUGAUGACCAUCGAUCGUCAGUGUCUCAAAGUGGCCUUCACGGGUCUGGGUCAUCGGCAUUCACGGUGAAAACAACAUCCGAUGGUUCGAUUAGUGUUAAACAUUUAAAUCAUAGUCCACAAUCAUCAUCCUAUGUACUUGUGGCCAACGGCAGCGGCGGUGGGGAAAAUCAUGAUACACCUUCAUCUCCACCUUCUGAGUUAUUAUUACCUUUGGAUACUUUUUAUCGUCGAUCACAAAAUCAGAAUCAAUACCAACAGGCUAUUAAUCAAUUAAAGAAACAUCAUCAUCAUCAUCAUCAUCAUCGAUCAACGACUAUGUUAACACCCGAAGAUGAGGCCACUUUACCUCUCUUACUAGCAUCGUCUUCGGUUCCUUCAGUGAAUCAUCAUACUGGCUCACUGCGGACUCCUCGACAUCAUUCAAAUAAACACCAUAAUCAACAACAACAAUUAACCAAACCACUAUCGGCAUCAUCACUUGGUAAUAUAAUUGUUUCAACUUCCACCCCACCGGUGGGUAAAUGUUCAAUUCAUGGUCAACGAUCAAAUUUAUUUCAAGUGCCUCCACCACCUCCACUUACCCUUCAUGAUAAUAACUUUUAUACCCUCGGGUCAUCACAAGUAUCAUGA